AUGAAACUACAAACAUCUUCCAUUCUCUUUUGUUCUGUCUGCGAACACGAUGGAUUUAAUGACAUUCCAGCUGAAUUUUAUUGCGAGACUUGUCACCAAUAUCUUUGCCUCAAAGACAGCAGAAUUCACAGAAAAGAAUUACCACAACAUUUGAUGAGAAAGUUGAACGAUGAUCAAAAGUCACCAAUACAAGCAUCACCACAGUCGUGUCAAUUACAUCAAUGUCCGAUCAACACAUUUUGCAAAACCUGUCGUCAGAUUAUCUGUUCUAGUUGUUCCGUCAGUCCUCUUCAUAAAUCACAUGAUUGUUAUUUGUUGAGUGAAAUUGAUCAAGAAAUGAGACAAGAAGUGCAGAAGGAUAUUGAUAAACUGCAGGAAUUGACAACGAAUUGGGAGUUGAAAAGUCAUUCAGGUUAUGCAAGCUUGGAUCAGGAAAUGGCUGAAAUUGAAAAACAGAGACAAGUGUUGAAAAAAGAGAUGGACACAGUAUUCGAUGAGUUACACCAAUCUUUGAGAAAGAGACAUGAAACGUUGAAUGAAGAAUUGGAUAAAUUGUGUCAGAGAGAACUUGCAUCAUUUCAAAAAUUAAAGAAUUGA